AUGCUGGCCUUCUCCAUCACUCGAAGUCGAUUCAACUCGAUUGCUUUCGGGCUUCUACUCACCAGGAAUCUCUUGCCCAGUUGGCUACACGAGUGCAUGCUGGUCCACAAACGGUGGGCAUGCGGAAUUCAUAUUCGAUGCUACGCCAACUGCAUCAGAGACGGCUGUGGGAUGUUGUCCAAGGUAUGUGCUGAAAGGUUUCUUGCACUCCGAGCAGAGGAAAUCGUACAGCAAGAGCUAGUGUUAACAAUAUACAGUGGCUUCAAAUGUACCCAUUUAACUUCCAAGGACGUCUGCAAUGGCAUUGGCUGUACCUCAAUCGCAACCGACGGCGACUCCUCUCUCCAAAAAUUCGUCUCCAUCGCACGAUCCACGGAAUACAAUGCUCGUCUGUGCAUUACAGGAGCGAUCACCCCAGCCGAGAGAACCCUUCCUGGGAACGUCACGGUCACGACUACUUAUCCUACGAAGAGCACGAUACUCGUGACUGUGAGAAUUGCAGAAAACGACGACUCCACCUCUACGAUUGUUUCGACACUUGUGAAAGGCCCAUACAUUACAUCUACCCAGAUGACCGCUUCGAUACCCAGCAUAUCGAUAUUUGCACCUUUAAUCCAGCUCGUUCAUCAGCCUUCCGAUCUAAGCAAUGGAACUUCAAUAAUUACAACCGGGGUGGAAACGAUAACUGCAAUGCAGGAUUCUCAUUCUAGCUCUUCGCUUUCCACGGGUGCAAAAGCUGGAAUCGGGGUGGCUUCUGCUGUCCUGGCACUUGCACUCAUCGGGGCUGCCUUUUUCUUUCUUUCGCGGAAACGAAGUAGGAUUAAGCUGCCAGAGCCGGUGGGGGAAAGCUCAUACGCCAAUCCUCAUGACGGGGCUUAUGAACUUGCGUCAAGCGGACAAAAAGUGGAACUUCCGGCGUCAAAUGAGACUGGAACAAUCAUUGGGACAAAUCAGCCGGAACAAGAAAGUGAUAGCAUCUUUGAACUUCCGGGAUGA